AUGCCUCCGGUACCAGAUCACAUUGCGCUGGUCUCCAAACCAGGUGCUACAAUUGUCGAGAAUGAUGCGGAGCUACUUGCAACGGGGGUAUCACACGAGAAGGCGAAGCGAUUCAGCGUGCAGGAGUGGCUGGCUAAUAAGUCGCGUGCGUCUGCUUCCAGCCAAGUGAGCAAUGCCCUGAGGCUUCACUACCAACAACAGUCUCAAGCUCAGCCUACAGAAUUUCAAGAAGAAACCCCUGUGUCCUUCGACCGACGCGACGAGGAGAUACGUGACGACCCCCUUGGAGUCAACUCGUACGAAGACAACACUUUCGCAUCGUAUCCCCAAGGAGGGGAACAUCAGUACCUCGAUUUCACCGAGCAGUUCCGCGACGAGCUUGAUGAUGGCCACAUGUCGAACACGGGCAACAACGGAGGGAAAGUUGGUGCGUCCGGAAGCAACAACAAUACAGACGGCAAGUUUCACGCGCGAGUGACUCGUUGGAAGUCUCAAAAGGAUGCGAUUCGAGAGCAAAUGAAGCAGCAGCUACUGCAGUCAGAGCUGGACGAGUGCACGUUUGCACCGAAGAUCAACCCCAAAUCGACCAAAGUCGUCGCGAAACUUCGUGGACGGCAGUCUACGGGUGCCUCCAACCAGGGUCUAAGCAUCUUGCAAGCUGUCUCUGAGCGUCUCUACCAGGAAGCAGACAACUACAGAAUUCGAGAGGAGCUCGCGACAAAGCUGAAAGCUGACGAGGAGGCGGAAAUCGAGCGUCAAUGCACUUUCAAGCCGAAAAUCAACCAGAGCGACAAGGUGAAGGCGAAAUACAUGUCCAAGACGACUUCUUCCCCCUCGAUGACAGCGGCGUCUCGAGAGGCGGCCGCGAAGGAGCUCGCUGAAUGCACGUUUUACCCCAAAGUGAACAGCAUUCGAUCCGAAAUGGUCUCGGCUCAGCUCUAUUUGCAACAGAACAUUUACGAGCGCUUGAGCAAGCCGUGCUGCGCCGACUCGGAGGACGGGAAGUCACCAGCUAGGGGCCGUAGUGGCAGAAGGAGGAGUUUAUCCUUGUUUGGUGACGAUGACGAUGACGAUGAAGAUCGAGACAACUUGGAGGCCUGUUCGCCUCGAUCGUGCCAAGACGACAUUUCGCUGCGACCUGGAGGCAAAAGUCGACGUCGGCGUGGACAAGGGCCACGAUCCGUUGACGCUGACCAAGGCCGAGAAGGCAAGGAAGAACGCGCCCGCCAGUUCAAGAACUUCAUUGAGCGGCAGAAAUUCCACGAGCAGGCACGAACCAAGCGGAUCGAACUGACCAAGCAGCAGCUCACUCCAGGGUACAAGCCUGCCAUCAACAAAAAGUCGCUCGCAAUGAUGGAGAACGGGCGUAAGGGCGAUUUCCUGGAGCGCAUCUCAACGUACGCUCUUCGUAAAGAGCACGACAACGUCAAGAAGAAGACCGUUCGCUCGUCGGACCCGAACUGCACGUUCAAGCCUGCUAUCAACCAAGCCAGCACUAAGCGAAAGCCACGCUCUAUCACCGAGUUGAGUCGAGGCGACCUGCUGCGUCGAGAGACGACGCAGCGGCUGAUGAAGCUGAAGAUGGAGCAGGAGGAGAUGGCCGCGCUGACGUUCCGACCGCAGUUGAACCGCAUGUCGGAGCGCCACGAAGGCCGCCUCAAGAUCCUCUCGAGCCCCGACACGUACUUGCAGCGCAUCCAGCAGCAGAGUCAGGCACACACCAUCAAGCAGCGGCGAGCCAUCCAGGAGAAGGAAAUGGGCGAGUUCGCCGAGUGCACGUUCAAGCCCCGCACGAUCGAAGCCCCCGCGUACGUGCAGCGCAUCGCGCGCAGUGUGUCACUCACCAAGGCAUUGCGCGCCCAGCAGCAAGCCGCAGCCCGGGCGAAGGAGAAACCCGAGUGGAAGUAG